AUCCUCCGCGAACGGCGGCGACGGCGGCGACGGCGAGUCCCGAAACCCGCUCGACGAGGAAGGAAGAAGGGCGCUUCCACUCCUUCAGCUCCUUCUUCUUCGUCGGCCGGGAAGAAGGCGAAGCGCUCGGCGAGAAUCGAGGCCGAAAAUGGCGCUGUCGCCGUCGCCGUCGCGGUCGAGGUCGAGCCUCAAGCUCGAGAAGAGGAGGACGAAGGCGGUGACGACUGGGACUACGACGACGGGAUCGACUCCUACGACGACCCGCCGCUGGUCUGCUGCUUCGGCGCCGCGCAGCGGGAGUUCGUGCCGACGGUGCGGGUCCACCACAACCCGCUGCACCCGGACAUCUACUCGCAGUGGAAGAUGCUGCAGUGGGACCCGCCGGAGUUCGCGCGGGCCCCCGGCGGGCCGCCGUCGAACGUGGCGAUCUCGCACGUGCGGCUCGGGGGGCGGGCGGCGUUCAUGGGGAAGGUCGGGAGGGACGAGUUCGGGAGCGAGCUGGUGCUGGCGAUGAACAAGGAGAGGGUCCAGACGAGGGCCGUGAAGUUCGAUGGGGAUGUGAAGACGGCGCGUACUUACAUGAAGGUCAAGUUCGAUGGAGGGCGGAUGAGGAUGGAGACCGUGAAGGAGUCGGCUGAGGACUCGCUCGCGAGCUCCGAACUGAACCUGGCUGUGCUUAAGGAGGCUAGAAUCUUCCACUUUACUUCUGAAGUGCUGACCUCCCCUUCAAUGAAUGUGACGCUCUUCAGAGCUAUCAAAUGGUCUAAAAAAUUUGGCAGCCUUAUAUUUUUCGACUUGAAUAUGCCUUUACCGUUGUGGAGAUCACGAGAUGAGACAAGGGAGAUGAUUAAGAGAGCAUGGGAUGAGGCUGAAAUUAUUGAAGUGUCUAGGCAAGAGUUGGAAUUUCUUCUAGAUGAAGAUCAUUACGAGAGGAAGAGAAAUUAUAGACCUCAAUACUUUGCUGAAAAUUUCGAACAAACAAAGGACCGGCGAGAUUAUUAUCACUACACCCGGGAGGAAAUCUCUCCAUUGUGGCAUGAUAAGCUCAAGUUCAUAUUUGUAACUGAUGGAACACUUCGGAUCCAUUAUUAUGCCCCCGAGUUUGAUGGUGUUGUCGUCGGUACGGAAGAUGCUCUCAUUACACCUUUCACCUGUGAUAGGACAGGUUCCGGAGAUGCUGUUGUGGCUGCUAUUUUGAGAAAGCUGACAACUUGCCCUGAAAUGUUUAAUAAUCAAGACGUUUUGGAAAGACAACUUCGAUUUGCAGUUGCUGCAGGCAUUAUAUCACAGUGGACGAUCGGUGCCAUAAGAGGUUUUCCUACUGAAAGUGCAGCACAGAAUUUAAAAGAACAGGUUUAUGUGCCAUCAAUGUGGUGAAUGGACCGUGUGAUAGAAGUUUCAGUUGUGAAGCCAGACGAAUAGAGAAAGUUUCCUAGUUGUUUGAAAAAGUUGUUGAGCGACAUGAAAUGGGGCUUUGUGGUUUCCUUCUUCGGCUGAUGAGCUGCAAGCUCGGUUCCUCAUUAUUCUGGACUUGGUUCCGUCCUUGGAAACAAUUAGGACGAAGGAGUUUCAUGUACUCUCAAAAUUUUGAUGGUCAAAGAUGGUUUUUAUGUCCAAACCAGCUUAUCAAACUCGGACCAAUUCAAGCUAGUUCAGUGAGAGG